AUGACAACUUUAUCUUAUGUUCAGUUAUCCUCUUCUAUAAAUCCAAGUUUUUGGAAUAAACUUUCAGAAUUGAAGUUGGAUGUAUUUAAAUUAAAUGAAGAUGGAAAAGACAUUUGGGGAUACUUUCCAAUUACUGUGCUAAUAGUGAGCAGUACGAAUUGUGCUACACCCUUUCUAGAAGUAGACAGCACUUCUUUCAACUCGGAAGUUAAUGGUCAGCUUACUUACUUGAAAUUCCAUGGAAAACUGUAUAACAAAAACACCUUGGAACAAUUCAAGGAGUGCAAUAAAAUGGAACUUAUAAAUGGAGUGGGACAAUCAAUUACUGAACAAAUCAUAAGUGGCAAAGCUCUAUGUGAUCCAUCUAUCUUGAAUACAUUUUUGUUGUUGUCAUUUGCUGAUUUAAAAAAGUAUCAUUAUUAUUAUUGGUUUGGAUUUCCUGUUCCAAAAGGAUUGGUCAUUGAAAAAAUUGCUUCAUCACCAAUAAUAGAAGAAUUCUCAUUAGAACUGGCAGAGAAGAUACAUAAUGGAUAUAAACAGCUUGCUAUCAACCAGAGAUGCUAUUUUUUAGUUAUCAAAGGCAAAAGUGGACUUGAAGUAUAUACACUUGCUGAAAAAUUGAAAGAUAUAAACCUCGAAGACAUUCCUGAAGUGUAUUUUGUAUUUCAUAACAUCAGUUCUGUUAGUUCUUCAAUAGGAUCUCAGCUGAGAAAUUAUGUCACCCUUUUACUACAUGAAUGUAAGUUUUUAGCAAAUGAACAAGUUAACUUCAUAGCAUUCCAUUUGAGCAGAGAAAAAUCAAGAAUAACUUGCCUAGACAGUAUUUGCUAUAAAUUGAAGCUACCUGCUGUUGCCGACUCUACUCUGACUUCAGAAUGGGUAGGCUGGGAAAAAAAUGAGAGGGGUAAGAUGGGACCUAAACUAGCCAAUCUCAAGAAUAGUUUGGAUCCCUUAAUCAUCUCAGAAAAUGCAGUCGACCUGAACUUGAAACUAAUGAAAUGGAACCUAGUACCCAGCAUUGAUUUAGACAAACUGAAAAAUACUAAAUGUUUAUUAUUAGGUUCUGGUACACUUGGUUGCUCGGUAGCCCGAACAUUAUUAGGAUGGGGUGUAAGGAAUAUAACGUUUGUAGAUAAUUCAGCAGUUUCUUAUUCAAAUCCAGUACGUCAAAGUCUCUACACUUACCAGGAUUCUGUGGAAAUGAAACCUAAAGCAGAUGCAGCUGCUGAGAAUAUAAGAAAGAUUUUUCCUGGAGUGAAUUCAAUAGGAUAUCAAAUGACCAUACCAAUGCCUGGCCAUACUGUUGGUGAUAGUAUGGUGAAUCAGACCAAAGAAACUGUUGAAAAACUGAUCCAGCUCAUCGAAUCACAUGAUGUAAUUUUUCUGUUAAUGGAUUCUAGAGAGAGCAGAUGGCUGCCUACUUUACUAGCAAAUGCUCAACAAAAGGUGGUAUUGAAUGCAGCAUUAGGUUUUGACUCUUACUUGGUUAUGAGGCAUGGCAUUUACGUAGAAAAUGCUACUGAACAAAGCAUGGAGCAUCCUGAAGGUUAUAGAGUAAUAGAUGGAGCAAAUUUGGGCUGUUAUUUCUGCAAUGACGUGACAGCUCCAUGUAAUUCCAUGAAAAAUCGUACUUUGGAUCAACAGUGCACCGUCACGAGACCAGGCGUCUCUCAAAUAGCAGGCAGUCUGGCAGUUGAGUUAGCAGUUUCAUUGAUACAACACAAGGAUGGAGUCCAUGCUCCAGCAUUUUAUACCACAUCUCAAAAUGUAUCCUCCCAAGAUCUUUCUGAUAUAAAUCCUUCGAAUCUGGGACUAGUACCUCACUCCAUAAGAGGGUUCCUAUCCUCUUUUGAACAGUUUCUACCAGCAACUCAGAAGUAUAAAAACUGCGUGGCAUGCUCAGACAUGAUUAUUCAGGAAUACAAAGAAAAAGGAAUGGAGUUUUUAUUGGAAGUGUUCAAUAGUUCGAAACAUUUGGAAGAUGUUGCUCUAUUAACGGAAAUGUUAAAGGAAACUGAUUUUGGAGAGGUUUUAGAAUUCAGUGAUGAGGACUUUUGUUCUCAGAGUUCCCAGUGA